AUGGCUGUUGUCCUGAAUUUCUGUUUUCAUGAGUCUGACCCUCCAUCAUCAAAUAAGUGGUACUUGGGUAACUGGUUGAAGAAGGGGAAUCCACACAAAGUGUCUCUUGCAUCUUCAUUAGAUACUAAUAUGGUAUCAUCCCAUGGAUACAACAAGGAGAAUCAAGAGCAGGGCACUAGAGCAGGAAAUACAGAAUCAUGUGGUCCAAAGGAGUUUACCACUUCUUUUACCCCCACCCGAGACACCAAGAAUGCACAAAAAGGCUCUGAAAGCAGACGAGGCAGAAAGAAGUCUCCAUCUCAAUUUCAAAACACCACACUAAGGAGAGAUAUUUUGAAAAAUCAGUCCAGACAUUUUGCAAAGGAAUCUGUAGAGACACCACGAGAUGGACUCAAAAUAGAGAAAAUUGCUACUACAGCAGAAAUUACUACAAAUAUGCCCCCUAACAGACCAAAUGCUUCUACAAAUGGCUCUCACAAACUCAACAUGAAAGAACCCAAAUCCUCUCCCUGCCUUGCAGCAGAGAAUAAAAAGUCUAAGUCUUUAUCAAAAUCCCUUCAGAAGUCCAGAGAGUUUGUUAAAACAUCUUUAGUCCAAACGUCUAAAAGUUCAGAGAGCAAUAGAACAUCUCCUCUAAAACCCUCCAUUGAGCAGGAAGAUAUUUUUUAUCGCUCAUUAUUAACUCCUAUGAAGGGGCUUCUUUCACCCCUUAGUGACCCUGAGGAUCAGUUACCUCUUAUUGUAAAAAAGGACUCAAACCUGUUGUCCCAGAUUCCUGGAUGGCCAUACAAAAAUGCAGAGCAGCCCACGAUUGAAAAGAUUGCACCUAAGCAGCACCCAAAAGAGACCCAGAAACAGACCGAGCAAAGCUUCAAUAAGGGGAAGCGGACGCACAAGAAUGAUGAAGAAUUAAAAGGUAAUGAUGCCAAGAAACAAAAAGUAGAAGAAAAGACCACAAACUACAAAGUGCCCAGUAAAGAGUUGUCAAAACCAAUUCCUGUAAAGGAAAGAGAGUUACUCCCUUCAUCUGCAACCCCAGCUCUACAGAAAGAUUUCAAGUCUGAACAUGGGUCUCGAAAAAGAACCAUUAGCCAGUCUUCAUCUCAGAAAUCCAGCAGCAGUGGCAGCACAAAGGAUAGUGGCACCGAAAGUAAGUCUUCUGAUAAGCAAAGAAAAAGUAGCACCGAGGAGACAAAGGAUAAACCCUCAGGUAAUACAGCUUCUGUCGCUUUUGUGCCAGCAAUCAAUAAAAAAUUGUGGAGAGCAAAACUGACCUUCGAAGACAGAACCCAUUCGGCUGAUCACUAUCUACUGGAAGCGAAGAAAGUAAAGCACAAGGCUGAUGCGUUGUCAGACAGAUUCGAGAAAGCAGUACUCUACCUUGAUGCGGUGCUUUUUUUCAUUGAGUGCGGAAACGCUUUAGAGAAGAGUGUCGACGAAUCAAAAUCUCCAUUUCGGAUGUAUGGUGAAACAUUAGAGUUAAUAAAGUACACCUUGAAAUUGGCAUGCCCUGCAGCCCCUGAUGCUACAUCAGCUGAUAAGAGACUUGCUGUUCUUUGUCUUUGCUGUCAAUCCCUUUUGUACUUGAGGUUAUUCAAACUGAAGAAGGAGAGUGCAUUGGAAGAUUCCAAGACAUUAACUAAAUACUUAAACAUCUCUUACGGUAAUUCUCAAGCUCCAUCUCCUACCAGGGGAAGCAAAUCCGUGAGUAUGCCUUUCCCAGUGUCUCCGAAGCUGUCUCCCGGCAAUUCUAAUAGCUAUUCCUCCAAUGUGUCCAAUACUACUGGAGACACGUCAUUUGUGACUAUAUCACAGAAGAUUCACCAGAUGACAGCCAGCUAUGUCCAGGACACGUCCAACUUCCUUUAUGCCACUGAAAUUUGGGACCAAGCAGAACAACUCUGCACAGAGCAAAGUGAAUUUUUUUCUGAACUGGAUAAAGUUAUGGGCCCCCUGAACUUCCAUUCCAGCACCAUCCCAGAACUGGUAUGCUACACCCGUCAAGGCCUGCACUGGUUACGCCUUGAUGCCAAGUUGAAACAUUAA